AUUCGCAUCUCCCGGGAAAAAUCAUAACCUCUUGAUGUGACGUAUUCACUCGAUUUCUGCACUCGGCGACGGAAAUUCAAAAAAUCCAGAACCAUAACCUGUACGUUCACGGCGAGGCUACCAUUCUCUCCUGAACACUGAAGGUCGUAAACGAAUUCGGAAGGAAAAAUGCUUCUCUUCAAACCUCUGUUGCUUGCAGAAACCCAAUCGCUAGUCUUCGCCCCUCUUCCAAGAACACCUGAUAAAACCUCAUCGAUUAUCACUACUUCUGCGUCCAGCAACAGAAUCAGCACAGCUCCGACGCAGCGAAGAACCAUGUCUGCGUUUGAAGUGCGAUACUCUCUACUUUUCGCUCUUGCUUCCCAAGCCACUUCUUUGUCUCAGAGACUUCUAGCGGACGCGGCCGCUGAGACUGCUAAAUACAUUUUUCCUAAAAGAUUUGAAAGUCGGACUCUCGAAGAGGCUCUGAUGGCAGUUCCGGAGCUUGAGACUGUGAAGUUCAAAGUUCUGGGUACGCGGGACCGGUAUGAGAUCAGGGAAAUUGAGCCUUACUUUGUAGCAGAGACUACGAUGCCUGGGAAGAGCGGCUUUGACUUCUAUGGUGCCUCCCGGUCCUUUAAUGUCCUAGCCGAGUAUCUUUUUGGCAAGAAUACAAAAAAGGAGAAAAUGGAGAUGACAACGCCUGUUUUUACACGCAAGGAUGAGAAUGAUGGGGUUAAAAUGGAUAUGACAACACCUGUGUUGACAACAAGGGUGGAAGAUCAAGGAAAGUGGAACAUGUCUUUUGUCAUGCCGUCAAAGUAUGGUGGCAACUUACCGUUGCCUAAAGAUUCCUCUGUGACGAUAAAAGAGGUCCCCAGAAAAAUAGUUGCGGUGGUUGCCUUUUCAGGUUACGUGGAUGAUGAAGAAGUCAAGCGACGAGAAUUGAAACUACGAGAAGCAUUGAAAAGGGACAGAGAAUUUAAAAUUAAAGAAGGCACUUCAGUAGAAGUUGCACAGUAUAAUCCCCCAUUCACCCUUCCUUUUCAACGUCGCAACGAGAUUGCAUUGGAGGUGGAACGGAAAGAUGAAUAGGAAAACUGAUCUGUCCUCCAAAUUUAUGAUCAGGAUUCAGGAGGUACUCUUAAAUUUUCAGCAGCCCUAUCAUAAAUAGUAAAAAAGAACUGAUCCAGUACCACAUGAAUCAGAGACUCCAAUACCAGAAGAUCUUGUGUACUUAAUUGUUAUGCAUGUCAUUUGUAUAGUUAGAUUACAAUUUUACAGUCACUUGGUGGAGCGUUCUGACAUUUUCAUUUAAUCUGAAAUGCUGUAAUAAAGUUUCUAUAUAUUGAGCUUAUUAUAAUAAUUCUUUUACUAUCUCAAUUA